UUUUCUCACCUUGGGUCUCUCUCUCUCUCUCACACUCUCAGGGAACUUUGUAAAGUCGAGACUCGAUUAUGGCGACGAACAACGGGGACGUUCUGAUGCUGGAGGCGGCGCCGGAGGUUGCGAGACCCUGGGCUAGUGCGGCGAACGCGGAAGUAAUCGAUGCGCUUCCUUAUAUAGACGACGACUAUGGCAAUCCAUUGAUUAAAUCGGAGGUAGACCGGUUGGUGGAGGAAGAGAUGCGUCAGAGCUCUAAGAAGCCAGCUGACUUUCUCAAGGACUUGCCUCCUCUUCCCAAGUUUGAUUUCGAGAACUGCCCAGCCCUAGGCAAAGAGUAUGAGCGUCUUCGAGCUGGGAAGCCUCCAGUGCGGAUAGAUUUUGAAUCUCGAUACAAGCUUGAAAUGCCGCCUGCUAAUAAGAGAAAUGACGAUGCUGCCUGGAAGCAAUAUCUUCAGAAGAAUCAACGGUCAUUGCAACAGAAGAUGAUCGAGCUUGAGAAUUUGGAGAUGAUGUCAAAACAUGGCCCUGAACUUUGGAGACAGAACAACCAUCGGUUAGAAGUAUUCUUGUCCAGAAUGCAAAGACUAGCUCAGGAGCAGAAUGAGGAAAUUGAAAAAGUAAAUAGGGAAAGGAAAUAUCAUCAGCAAACCACAUCAUACGAGCUCAAUGCCCUAUCUCAAGAAUGGAGACAGCUAUGUGUGAAGAAUAAGGAGAUUCAGUCUGCUUGUGCCGUGCUUGAGACACAAAUCGAGUCUUAUAAAAAAGAGGCUGCUGAAAGGGGAUGGAACUUGGAAGAGAAACUAGAGAACGUUGAGCCACUUCAACUGCAAUGAGGUACCUCCCUUGCUUGAGCCACUACAAUUGCAAUGAGCUGCCUGCCUCCCUUGCUUGAAGUGGUGCUUGAGUAAAGUAUGAUUCAGAUCGAAACAGCAGCUGUUGUAGGUCAGUUUGGUUUGAGUUGUGGACUAAAGACUCAAAGACGAGACAGUUGCAGUUUUUUUGGCAGUUUGGUGUAACCAUCUACUUUCCUGUCAGGUAGUUGUGUCGGACAAGUAAUUGUUUUUGGAAGUAUCGAAACUCUUAAAUUUAUCAAGCAUGUGACGUUUUACGAUUUGGUAGUGAAAAAAAUGAUGAUGUUUAAUUAACCUUCUAAUAAUA